CCCGCGGCUCCGCCCCCUGGCGCGGCCCUUCGGCUGCUUGGCAAGACUGCCUCGCUCGCUCUCAUUGCCGGGCAGCAGCAGCGCGAGGUGUUCGUGCGGCAGGAUGAGUGCAGGCUCUGAUCCCGUGGUCAUCGUCUCGGCGGCGCGGACCCCCAUAGGCUCCUUCAAUGGUGCCCUAGCCACCGUCCCUGCCCAUGACCUGGGCUCAUCUGUCAUCAAAGAAGUCCUGAGGAGGGCCGCUGUGGCUCCCGAAGAGGUGUCGGAGGUCAUAUUUGGACACGUUUUGGCGGCAGGUUGUGGGCAAAAUCCUGUUCGACAGGCCAGUAUGGGUGCAGGAAUCCCUUACGCCGUUCCAGCGUGGAGCUGCCAAAUGGUCUGUGGGUCAGGCCUAAAAGCCGUGUGUCUUGCAGCACAGUCAAUAGGGAUCGGAGACUCCAGCAUUGUGGUGGCAGGAGGCAUGGAAAGUAUGAGCAAGGCUCCUCACUUGGUUCACUUGAGGGCAGGAGUCAAGAUCGGGGGAAAUGCCAUUGGCCGACAGCAUCCUCUGUGA